AUGCGCAUCAUUCCGCAGAGAGCACUCAUCCUCGCUACAUCUCCACGCGAGAAUCUGGAUCCCGAGGGCGCGUAUGCAACGAGAAGCAGAUUUGGCAUGCGCUCCGAAAAUGCCGUGCUAGAGGCUGUACUCGGCGGCAAGAGCAUGAUUCUUAGUCCCGGCCAACAACAUCUUUUCUCGUUCGGGCGUUCACUGCUUCUCAAGCGCAAGAGUCUGUGCAUGGACGAGUCGGCAUCUUCGCCCAACGAGACGUCGGAUCGCGAGAUCUAG